GUGAUCUCCCAACCCCUGUCUCUUGGUGGCAUUGGGGGUGCCCCGCGUGGAAGACCCUGCCCACCCCGCUGGUAGGGGUGGGGGGAUCCCAGCUGCCCCAGGCGGGUGCUGUCGAUAGCAGGGGUUCAUGGGUGGAGGGGAAACACUGGCAGGCCCAUGGCAGCCCUGAGAGUGACACCUCUGGGGGACCCUGUGGUACCUCGGUGACCGUCACAGCGCCACGGUCGCUGAUCGCUUAAAGAAAACAUACUGUUUUCUAACAGCAUCUAAGCCUCACCAGCCUUGAUCCAAGGCUAGUAACGAGGGGGUAAUGUGUCCACUGUAGACAGAUAGCAUAUGAGGCUAAUGGAGCUGUAUUUCCAGGUUAAGAACAGGGACUGUUAUACAGAAGCUCAGAGGAAGUUAAUGAUCAUCUAGUGUGCUCACUGGACCAACGCGUCAAGAAAGCUUAAGCCAUUUAGGAAGAGACCAUCCAGCCCACGCCGUGGGCUCUUGUUUUAUCUUUUAAUCUCACUGUACUCUUCCUUCAAACCGAAGAACUGUUCUGUCAGUGGGCUAUGGAGAUAGGCCCACAAGCAAAAUGAGCGAUAUGGGAUUUGGAUUGGAGACUUGGUAUUCUUUUACCUGGGAAGAAGUGGAUAAACUGUAUGAUCACAUUCUCUCCACCUUAGUAGAAAACUUAACCUUUAAAGCAGGCACAGCGAUCUAUGAAUAGCCUUGCAACAGGCAAGUGGUGCCUUGGUGGUCUUCCAGGGCACAAUGGAUUUGGCAUAUGUCUGUGAAUGGGAAAAAAGGCCCAAGAGCAACCACUGUCCGUCCAUCCCGCUGGUGUGUGCUUGGUCCUGCAGGAACCUGAUUGCCUUCACAACAGACCUCAAAAAUGAGGAGGAAAAAGAUCUUACCCACAUGAUCCAUAUUCUGGACACUGAGCAUCCAUGGGAUGUUUAUUCCAUUAACUCUGGGCACAUUGAAAUCAUCACCUGUUUGGAAUGGGAUCAGUCAGGUUCCAGGCUUCUGUCAGCAGAUGCAGAUGGACACAUCCAGUGCUGGAGCAUGACAGAUCACCUGGCCAACAGCUGGGAGAACACCGUGGGUAGCAUGGUGGAGGGAGAUCCAAUCGUGGCUCUUUCCUGGUUGCACAAUGGCGUGAAGCUAGCCCUGCACGUGGAAAAGUCUGGAGCAUCGAACUUCGGCGAGAAGUUUUCCCGGGUCAAGUUUUCUCCCUCCCUGACUCUGUUUGGUGGGAAGCCCAUGGAAGGCUGGAUCGCUGUGACCAUCAGCGGCCUGGUGACAGUCUCUCUCCUCAAGCCCAAUGGGCAAGUGCUGACAUCCACGGAGAGCUUGUGCCGUCUGCGCUGCCGUGUCGCCCUGGCAGACAUUGCCUUCACGGGUGGGGGAAACAUCGUGGUAGCCACCUCGGAUGGCAGCAGCACUUCUCCCGUCCAGUUUUACAAGGUCUGCGUCAGCGUAGUGAACGAGAAAUGCAAAAUUGACACAGAGAUUCUGCCCUCCCUUUUCAUGCGGUGCACCACAGACCCAGCCCGCAAGGACAAGUAUCCAGCCAUCACUCACCUGAAAUUCCUCGCCAGGGACAUGUCCGAGCAGGUGCUGCUCUGUGCCUCCAACCAGAACAGCAGCAUCGUGGAGUGCUGGUCUCUCCGGAAAGAGGGCUUGCCAGUCAAUAACAUCUUCCAACAGAUCUCUCCUGUGGUUGGAGACAAGCAGCCGAUGAUACUGAAAUGGCGGAUUCUCUCCGCCACCAAUGAUUUGGAUCGUGUUUCAGCUGUGGCUUUGCCGAAACUGCCAAUCUCCCUCACCAAUACUGAUCUGAAAGUGGCUAAUGACACCAAAUUCUUCCCUGGACUGGGUCUUGCUUUGGCCUUCCACGACGGUAGCGUCCACAUAGUUCAUCGCCUGUCCUUGCAGACCAUGGCAGUGUUCUAUGGUUCUUCCUCUCAGCGCCCAGUGGAUGAGCAGGCAAUCAAAAGGCAGCGGGCAGCCGGUCCUUUGGUUCACUUCAAAGCCAUGCAGCUCUCCUGGACUUCGCUGGCCCUGGUCGGGAUUGAUAACCAUGGCAAGCUGAGCAUGCUCCGGAUCUCUCCCUCCAUGGGCCAUGUGCUGGACAUGAACAUGUCUCUCCGCCAUCUGCUCUUUCUACUGGAAUACUGCAUGGUGACAGGGUACGACUGGUGGGAUAUCCUGCUCCAUGUUCAGCCCAACAUGGUGCAGAACCUGGUGGAGAAGCUGCAUGAGGAAUAUAUGCGCCAGAAUGCAGCCCUGCAGCAGGUUCUCUCCACCCGCAUCGUUGCCAUGAAGGCCUCUCUCUGCAAGCUUUCCUCCAACACGGUGGCACGCGUGUGUGACUACCAUGCCAAGCUCUUUCUGAUCGCCAUCAGCUGCACCUUGAAAUCGCUGCUCCGCCCACACUUCCUGAACACUCCAGACAAGAGCCCUGGUGACCGGCUCACCGAGAUCUGCUCCAAGAUUACGGACAUAGACAUUGACAAAGUGAUGAUUAACCUGAAGACAGAGGAGUUUGUCCUGGAGAUGACUACCCUGCAGUCCCUGCAGCAGCUCAUCCAGUGGGUGGGAGACUUUGUGCUCUAUCUACUUGCCAGCCUCCCUAACCAGGGAUCCCCUGUGCGGCCGGGGCACAGCUUCCUGCGAGACGGGGCAUCACUGGGGAUGCUUAGAGAGCUCAUGGUGGUGAUCCGGAUCUGGGGCCUGUUGAAGCCAAGCUGCCUCCCUGUUUACACGGCAACCUCAGAUACUCAGGACAGCAUGUCCCUACUCUUCAAGCUGUUGACUAAACUCUGGCUGUGCUGUCGCGAUGAAGCUCACCCGAGCGAGCCAGACGAUACCCUGAUUGACGAGUGUUGUCUUCUCCCCAGCCAGUUGCUUAUUCCCAAUGUAGACUGGUUACCCAUCAAUAACGGCAUUAUCAGCAAGCUGCAGAACAAGCAGCUCGUCAGGCUGCAGUUCGGGAAGGCCCCUGGACUCAUUGGUCACACUGUUUCAUCGCAGUUUGAUGUCUUUGUCAGGGCACCUGGGCAGCCCAAAAUUGACCACUUGAGACGGCUUCACUUAGGGGCGUAUCCAACAGAGGAGUGCAAGUCAUGUACCCGAUGUGGCUGCGUAACCAUGUUGAAAUCGCCCAACAAAACCACAGCAGUGAAACAGUGGGAGCAGCGUUGGAUCAAAAACUGCCUCUGUGGCGGGCUUUGGAGAAGAAUGCCACUCAGCUACUCCUGAAAUCUCCUCUUGCAGGGGGAAAAAGGAACAACGUGCACUAGGUGGGGGGAGAAAAGCUCAGAGCAUCCUUCCCAUUUUAGAAACCUCUGGCAAUUUGGACCAGAGUCAGCCCUCUGAAACCUUAAGAGAGUACACAAUGCUCUUCCUUACCCGCCUAUCACAAAGGAACCACUCAGCGCUGCCCGAGAUGCAAUGUAGAGCAGUUAGAUUCUCAUCCUCCUUGGUUUUGCCUGUAUUGAUUUUGUUUCCUUUGUGCUCUAAGAUGAAAGGAAGAGAAGAUUAUUAAGAGGGGAAUCUUUCCAGAUUGUUUUCUCUACCAUUCUCUAAGGGGCAGCAUGGUCUAAUGGUCAAAUCAGUUGAAUGAGACUUCUCCCACCAACAGCCUGUGAAACAUGGAACAAGUUGGUUAACUUCGGUUUCCCCAUCUAUAAAUGCAGAGGGAUAAUGCUGAUUUUUCCCCCUGCCCCCCCCACACACACACGUACCCUUUAUAAAUCACUUUGAUCCUCCAGUGAAAGGCUUUUUAUCAGUGUAAAGUAUCACUAUUUUAAUGAUUGAGAGCAUUUCUCCCUGUUUCAGAGGAACAGAGAAAGACAGAAGGACAUUACUGCCCUGGGACGAUACAAGCAGUAGGGCUGUCCUUGAACUAGCAGCUGUCUUGUAAAUAAUGAUUCUCUUAAUUUUGUACAAAAAGUUUUGGUAA